AAUGACAGAACAGAGUAAUCAACAGGCAAAAUUAGAUUUUAUUGUAAUACUGAGUAAUUUAAACCGUAAAUUUGAAGUAAUUUUAUGUAAAUGGACAAAUGAAAAAGAAUUUGAAGUACGUAUUAGAACUGAAAUCGAUCAUGACAACGAAGAUUUUAAUGGUUUAUGUGAUCAAUGGGUUGAACAAUUUUCAAAAGUAACAAAUACAAUUUGGGUGAAAAAAAUAUCAAAUACUGGACCAAAAAUACGAUUUCGCAAACAAUAUCAAUGUUGGACAAAUGGUGCUGGUAAAGUGAAAAAAGAAUUGUUAUUUGAUGCACGAAGAUGUCGUGCGGUUCUUGAUAUGAAAGUGUUAACUGAUACACCGUUAACGAGACGAAAAAAUAAACAUAUGCGUAUGGGUUUGAAUGCCGUUGUUAAGAUAAAUUUCACACAUUUACAUGAUGUCAAGACUGAUGAAGCAUUUAGUUUUUUUGUACAUAAUUGUCCAGCACAACCUGAACCAAUAUUUGUGAACAAAACAUCAAGGACAGUCCACGAUGUAAAAAGUAAUAAUAAUAAAAAGGCAUCACAAUCACAAGAAUUUAAAACUGGAAAUACAAAUGUCACAAACCAUUUAUCAUCACAUCUUCUAAUUAAUAACUCAUCAGUACCGACAAAUCAUUCAGUUUUAUUGAAUAAUGGAGCAUUAGAUUCAACAAUGCAACAACGUACAUCACAAAUGCAACAUUUUCCAAUGUUUCCAAACCACCAUUCAACAUCGUCACAACAAUCGUCUUCGAAUGAUCAACAACGCCAUCCAAUGUUAAUGUGUACACCAACAUUUUUAUUUGAUUCACCACAUCAUCAUGGAUUACAAACAUCCUUAAAUAUUCCGCAAUUGCAAGAACAUCUUGUACAAAUGCAACAACAAGCUCAACAAUUACAGCAACAUCAUCAACAACAACAACAGCAGCAGCAACAAGCAGAAAAUAUGCAUUCAAAUUAAAUUGGCACUGUUUCUUUAUUUUAAAUUUUUAAUUUAACUAACAGGUCAAGGCCCAGGAUACAUUUUGGCAAUUCAUUUUAGGAAACAAAUUUUUAAUGUGUUGUCAAGAUUGUGCCUAAAAAUAUUUUCCUCUACAAACAUUCUCAUAGCCGGGAUGUUCUGUUUCAGGGGGUCGAAAAUGUUUUAAUUGGGCCACAAUUUUCAAUGAAUAUUCCUUGAGAAUUAAGAAUGAUUUUCUAAUAAGAAAAUAAUUCAAGAAGAAGUAAUAAUUCGACAGGUGCGACUUUGAAAACACUCCCUUAAAUGUCUGCCGUUGUUAAAAUAAGUUGUCAAGAUAUACCCUGGCGUUAAACCUAUAAUAAAGGGUACAAUUUUAAAAAUUAAUACACCCAAAGACAAAAUAAACCGUACAAACUAAAUUUGAAAAUUUUUGAACUUCUGUAAUAAUCAAGAUGAAAAAUAUCUUUUUAAGCUUGAAAUGGCAUUUCGCUUUCAAAAGAAAAUUGCGCGUAAAAUAAAUUUUUGGAUAUUUCAAAACUGUCCUUGGGCGAAAAUAAUGUCCUGGCCUAACCAAUACUGAGAUCACUUAGCCUAAUUAGCUUGAGUUUGGAAUAUUUUUUUUUUCUGUAUGGUCACUUAUCUCUUAGAUAUCAUCUAUGGAAAAAAAUUUUUUUUUAAACAUCAAUAAUGAAUGUUCCUUUCAAGAUUUCAUCUCCAUAUGAUCAAAAUUAACGAAGUUAUAGUCUUUCAAAAACCACUUCGAAUGCUGGGUAGACAGCUGCCUUUGAGUUUAUCAACCAAUUUUUUGUUGUUGCUUAAAGCUUCUUACGCCGGAUAAUAAUUUGUUCGUACUAAACAACUCAGUCAGUGUAAAGGAGUUUUUAACAAAAUUGCGUUAUUUAGAGUUAUUUAAUAUUUAUGUAAUUCAGAUUUUCUUAAAAAAUUUUGCAUCAUUCAACAGUCAUUACAAAUAUCUGAGAUAUUAUAAUAUCUUCGAUGUAUUUUAACAUAAAAGUAUGACAAGCGAACUUGCUCAUGCAAUUCUCUUUCAUACCAAUAACGGAACUAAGUGAUCAUUGUGAGUUAAUAAAGAAUCAAGCUCUUUAAGUCAUAUAUUACAGUAUUGAAAAUGAAAGCACAUUAAAAAAAAAUUCAAAUCGGAAUUAUCAUAAUAUUUCAAGUUCCUUUGAUUACACUCAUCAAUGUACAUAGAAUAUCAGAUGAGAUUUAAAAUACAAUUAGAAUUCUGUAAAAUUUUUAAUGCAUAAAUUUUGGUAUGAAAAAUCUUCCAUCUGCCUUUUAGAUUCCCAGAAUGCGUAGAUUUGCAUGCUCAAUAGAAAUAUCUCUGAGAUAUUAAAGAUAAUUAAAGACAACUAAAUUUAGGUCCUAAAUAAAUACUUACUAUACACUCAGUGACGUGUUUGGAAAUAUAUUCUUAAAAAUAUUCAGGAAUAUUUGAUUUUACUGAAUAGGAAACAUAUUUAAAUUGGAUAUAAUAAAUAUUUUGUUGGAGUGCUGGAGAUAAAAAUGCAGCAAAACCUGAAUGAUUUUUCAUACCUAAAGUGUACAAUUAUAAAUUUGAUUCUAAUAUAGUGUAGCUAGUUUAUUAGAAUAUUGUUAUAUUCAUAUAUAAAUGAAACUAAUUUUAAAUAGAUUUCAGUGGUUAGAUACGUGCAAUAAAAAAAAGGCACAAAAAAAGUGUCAAAAACUAUUUUUUAAAACUAGCAUAUUUUUUUUUAUUUAAAAUACAAUAUACUCUCUUUAAUUCAGUGUAUACUAUUGCUUCUGGUUCGAGAUUCAAGGAAAAUGCUUCUUGAACCUAAGAACUGAAAUUGACGGAUGAUUUGUUUUAUCUCCAAUUGGAUGUUCUAACAAAAUAACGUAAAUGCUUCCAUAAUCUGUUAAUUUCGACAAUCCAAUCUACGACUUAUUUUUAAAAUAUGCCGAAUUACCGAGAGUCUAAACUAAAUCAUAGUUUCGAUCGUGAAAUCAGUUUAAAUUAAACUUUAUGUAAAAAUA